AUGAGUAAAAAGCAGCUGAAUUUUCCUGCCCCACAUCUUCUAGACUUUCUCAAGACAGUGGAUCCCAUGGUGAUGUCGCAGUGCCUGUUCACAUCCCAAGGCAUCAGUGCCAUCUACAGCAUUGAGAGCAAAGGGCUCUUCCUGUUGGGGAGUUCUGAAAGUGUUCUUGCUGCUGCUGAGAGUAAGAUGAAGACCGCUUUAGCUGUGCAGACUCUGGAUGUAGAAGACCAGGAAGUUCUGAAACUUCACAACUGGGUGAACCUGAAACAACAGCUGUUGGACACCUACAACUCUGCGAAUAAGAGAACAGUGGCCAUUCAGAUCCACCCAGAGAGAAGAGACAAAGUAAUGGUGGCCGGCUUCCAGGAUCCAGUGAAAGAGGUCACCCGCAGUCUGAAGGAAUUCAUCGAGAACUACUCACGAGUUCAAGAAACCAUUCGUGUCGAGUCCUGUGCUGUUGUUCAGUUCAUUGGCAAGAAGAAAUCAGAAGAUUGGGUCAGUAUUGCCAAAGCUAAUGAUGUGGAAAUCCGUUUUGACUCAGAGAGGCCAAAAAUCAUCCUGGCUGGAGCUCGUCUCCAUGUCCAGAAAGCCAAAUUCUGCUUUCAGGAGCUGACUGGUGCUCUGUUCACUGACACCUUCAUCGUGGACAAGCCUGGAGCUAAGAAGUACUUUCAGACUCAAGGAAGCCUGUUCCUGUCUACAAUAAUGACAGAGUUCAGCUGUGUGGUAUUGCUUCGUCCAGAGAUUCAAGAGGAAGAGGAGGGAGAAGACUGCGAGGAAGAAAAUGGCCUUAGUUAUUGCAAAGUGAAGACCACGAGUGGAGUUCUGGUUUCCGUCAGCAAGGCAGACAUCUGUAGCUUCAAAGUGGAUGCAGUGGUCAACGCAGCUAACGAGGAGUUGAAGCACAUUGGUGGCCUGGCUUUAGCAUUGCUCAAGGCUGCAGGACCGGAGCUGCAGAAAACCAGCGACAGCCACGUUGCCAGGAAUGGAAAACUACGUCCAGGUGAUGCCAUCGUAACAGGUGCAUACAACCUGCCUUGCAAGCACGUUGUCCAUGCAGUUGGUCCACGGUUCUCUGACUUUGACAGGAAGACAUCAGUGUCACGUCUGAACCUCGCUGUUAAAAGAAGUCUGACACGAGCGGAGGAAGUGAACUGCUCAACCAUCGCGCUGCCAGCGAUCAGCUCAGGUGUGUUUGGUUUUCCUGUUGACCUCUGUGCUGAGACCAUUGCUCAGGCUGUGCGGGAGUUCUGCGACAGUCCAGGGGGUCCGAGAUCAUUGACAAAGAUUCACCUGGUGGACAACAAUGAUAAGACCGUGAGAGUCCUGGCCACAGCUGUCAACAAAGAGUUCAUAGACCUCGGACCUUCAAUGACACUGCCACAUGGGCAUCAAUGGGGUCGAGGUCAGAGCCAGUCGCCCAGGGGCCGUCGCUUUAGUGAAAGAGGAGGUGGAGGGACAGGCAAUGGAUUGUGGGGAGGUCUGCAAGGUAACAGCGGAGGUCACAGCCUCAGGGGACACGCCCGGUCCGGAGGGCAUGGAGGGUCGGGGAGAUUGGAGCAGACCACAGCUGAGGGUCUGAAGAUUGUUCUCUUGAAGGGAAACAUCCAGGACCAGACUUGUUUCAGCAGGGCGUUCAGAGGUCAGACUGUUCAGAGAAACAUCCAACAUGAAGCUCAGGGAUUCAACGAGUCACCAGUUAGAUAUUCACCUCGCCACUCCGCCUCUCCGCCACAGCAGUCCUCAGCCUCCUUCAGUCAGGUGUCGUCCCCCUCCCUCGGUGUGUAUCAGAUGAAGAUGGGUCAGCUCACCCUCGAGGUGUCAUCUGGAGACAUCACCAAGGAGGCCUGUGAUGUCAUAAUCAACUCCUCCAAUCAGGACUUUACCUUUAAAUCAGUGAGUUCUCCGAAUUACCAGCCUAGCCAGUUCAUCAUGACGUCAGGCGGCCUGCUGCCCAGCAGACACAUCAUCCACGUUGUCGGCCAGAACGAUCCUGCAAAGAUUAAGGACAUCGUUUACUCUUUGUUGAAUGGGCAUCAAUGGGGUCGAGGUCAGAGCCAGUCGCCCAGGGGCCGUCGCUUUAGUGAAAGAGGAGGUGGAGGACGAGGACGAGGUCUGCAAGGUAACAGCGGAGGUCACAGCCUCAGGGGACACGCCCGGUCCGGAGGGCAUGGAGGGUCGGGGAGGUUGGAGCAGACCACAGCUGAGGGUCUGAAGAUUGUUCUCUUGAAGGGAAACAUCCAGGACCAGACUACUGACGUCAUCGUCAACACCAUCUCAGAGGACAUGAACCUGAACCAGGGAGCUGUGUCCAAAGCGAUCCUGCAGGCGGCUGGUCACAACCUGCAGUCAGCUGUCCGGUCUGAAGCCGGGUCGUCCCCGUUGCCGUACGGCGACGUCGUCGUCACAGAUGGGUUUAACCUUAAGUGUCGUAAGGUCUUUCACACUGUUUGCCCAUAUUGGAACAACGGAGCCGGCCAGGCGGAGGAGGAGUUACUGUCCAUCAUCAGUUACUGUCUAGAGGAGGCUGAGAAAUGUCGGAUGGCGUCGCUGUCCUUCCCGGCCCUUGGCACCGGAAACCUGAGCUUCCCCAAAGACCUGGUUUCCAGAUUCCUGCUGCAGGAGAUCCACUCAUUCAGCCGCAGACUGAAUCCUCGCCAUCUGAGAGAGGUGGCCAUCGUUGUUCACCCGAGUGACAGCCAAACUGUGGAUUGUUUCAGCAGGGCGUUCAGAGGUCAGACUGUUCAGAGAAACAUCCAACAUGAAGCUCAGGGAUUCAACGAGUCACCAGUUAGACAUUCACCUCGCCACUCCGCCUCUCCGCCACAGCAGUCCUCAGCCUCCUUCAGUCAGGUGUCGUCCCCCUCCCUCGGUGUGUAUCAGAUGAAGAUGGGUCAGCUCACCCUCGAGGUGUCAUCUGGAGACAUCACCAAGGAGGCCUGUGAUGUCAUAAUCAACUCCUCCAAUCAGGACUUUACCCUUAAAUCAGGAGUGUCAAAGGCGAUCUUAGACAGUGCUGGGUUAACAGUUCGGCUGGAGUGCUCACAGAUAGUGAGUUCUCCGAAUUACCAGCCUAGCCAGUUCAUCAUGACGUCAGGCGGCCUGCUGCCCAGCAGACACAUCAUCCACGUUGUCGGCCAGAACGAUCCUGCAGAGAUUAAGGACAUCGUUUACUCUUUGUUGAAGUAUUGUGAAGAGAACAAGUUUAAAUCGGUCUCCUUCCCAGCGCUUGGAACAGGUCAGGGAGGAGCCAACCCGUCAGCGGUGGCGGACGCCAUGGUGGAUGCGGUGGUGGACUUUGUGAGGAAGAAGCACCCGAGGUUUGUUGACAGCGUGAAGAUCCUGAUCUUCCAGACGGUCAUGAUGACGGAGUUUCACAAGAGCAUGAAGAAGAGAGAGGGAGAGGAGGUGGUGGAGACGAGCGUCUUUACAAAGUUCAAAGACAGCGUCACUUCUUUCUUCAUGGGACUUGGGGAGGAGCGUCCCACUGCUGACCCUCUGGUUCUGGAGGGAGAGGAGUUUGAGCCCACAGUGUUUCAGCUGUGUGCUGACAACAAAAAGGCUGUGAGUCAGGCCAAGAGAAGGAUUGAGGAGCUGAUUGUGGCCGAGCAGGCGGAGAGAACCAUCAAAGACCAGUACAUCAGUAAGCUGUCACAGGCCGACAUGGACCAGCUGAAGGCCCUGCAAAGGAAACUGACGGUGAGCAUCCGUCUGGACCGAGGGCUGGAGGACCAGGAGCCCAACAUCCACCUGGAGGGUCUGACCAGAGACGUCUACACCGCUGAGUCCGAAGUCAGGGACAUCAUUCGGAAGGUGGAGAGGUCGGAGAACUUAAAGAGCAAGGCGUUGCUGCUGAGCGGACUGGUAGAAUGGCAGUUUGAGAGCCGCAGCGGGGUGAUGGUGCCCUUCGACAUUUACACCAACCUCACCCUGGAGGAGGCUCUGGAGAAGAAGGAAGAACGUGUGAAGAUCAAGAUCAACAAUGAGACAUACCACACUAAAGUAACACUUAGAAAAGCAGUGCCAGCGAACGGGCGUAAAGAGGUGGAGCUGCUGAGGAAAGAGGUUAAAGAUGACGCCGUUCUGCCGUCACACUGGGAUGACAUGAAAGGCGACCUCCUCAAACUGUUCCCUCUGACUGCGGGAUCUAAGGAAUAUAACGAUGUGGAGACAGAGCUGAAAAAGACCGGUCUCUCUGCAAACAUCAUCAGCAUUGAACGGGUCCAAAAUACGACACUGUGGCAGAGCUACCAGCUGAUGAAGAAACAAUUGGAGGUGAAGAACAAACAUACCAACAAUGAAAGGAAGCUGUUCCACGGCACCGGAGCCAACUCCAUCGAUCUCAUCAACAAACAAGGCUUCAACCGCAGCUACGCAGGAGCACAUGGUGCGAUGAUAGGCAAUGGCUCUUACUUUGCUGUGAACCCGGUCUACUCGGCACAAGGGUACGCCAAACCUGACGCCAGAGGCCACAAGCGCAUGUACCUGGCCAGGGUCCUGGUUGGAGACUUCACCAAUGGACGAAGCGGCUUGAUCACUCCACCCUCCAAAAACUCUGGGAAUGCUGCAGACCUGUAUGAUAGUGUUGCAGAUAACAGUUCCAAUCCAACCAUGUUUGUGGUCUUCAAUGACAUCCAGGCAUACCCAGAGUACCUGAUCACAUUUACAUGAUUGAUGCUACGAUCACAUUGUGUAACUGCUCCUAUUAACCUCAUUCUGUUCUUGUUAAAAUUCAGUCUGCAAAACAAUUUCAAUUAAUUAGAUGAUAUUAACUAACACUGCAUAUUUCCUAGAGGCGUGUUUCCAUUUUCUUGACUUGAACAGUCGCCGCAUGAUUAAAUAAAAAGAACACUGUUUUUGAGUAUAAGAUUAAAGUUA